UUUGUAAUUAAAUAAAUGUUUUAUCAAUUCAAGAAAUUAAAAUUAUUAAAUAAAAGUGCAUUUUUAAUAAACAACUGGCGAAUUUGAUUUGCGUGCUUCUUGCCAUUUUAAAUGUUGUUUGUAAUACUAAGUUCUUAUUGCAGUAAAAAGUAGUGGCCAAACAAAAGUGUGAAUAAUAAGAAUUUUAAUGUACAAAAUAUAAAAAUUUAAAAAGUAAAAAAUGCUAGCGAUAGAGCUACCAAAGUUGCAACCAUUAACAAAAGGUCCCAAGCCAAACAAACCGGCUGAGAAUGAUUCCAAAAAUGUGAACUCCAAUGGCGACGGAACAGCUGAAAGUGAAAACGCCGAUGAAUCUGAAUCUGAAGAAGUAAAUGGAAUAAGGAACUACCCAUAUCGUAACAACAACUUCAAAUACAAUCCAAACGGUUACUAUAAAAAUCCGUAUAACGGGUAUAAACAAAAUAAUAACCGAUUUAACUUCAACAAUCGUUAUCAACAUAAUUCAAAUAAUAAUAAUCGCAUUUGGAAUUAUAAUCGAUUUAAAAAUUAUAAUAAUAAUAACAAUUUUAAAAGAAGCGCUUAUCCGAAGUAUAAUUGGGGGAAUCAUAAUAAUAAAGGAAAUAACCAAUUUUAUAAUAAAAAUAAUAAUAAUAAUAGAAAUAACAACAACAAUAAAAAUAAUUCUCAAAGUCAUUUUGACGCUGAUGAAGAACAAAGUGUAGAAGAAUCCAUAAAUUCUAGUGUUAACAGUAAUUCUAAUAUUAAGAACAAUAAAGUAAAUUCGAUUUCCCAUAAUAUACAUUUAAACAAGCAAUCAACGUCUUCAACUGAAGUUCCAAUAACAUCUACAGAUACAGAUGCCGGAAAUAAAAUAAAUAAACUUCAAAGCAAUACGUCUAAAAUAAGUAUACGUGAAAAAAAUAUUAAAGGAAUUACAAAUCGAAAACCAGUCAAGAGAAAACAACAAAAUUGUUUAAAACAUAAAGAUUUCUAUACGAAAUUUAAAGAUACAACUGAAACGUCCGCAAUAACCACACCACAUGUACAAGAUUCUAAAAACGAAACAGAUACAAUUGUAAAUAUAGAUACUUUGGCAAAACUAUUAGGCGUGGAUAUUGGAGAAAGAGGAAAAAUAACAAGCGAUAAUAACAAAAAGUUAGAUACCGUAGAAAACGAUCAACCUAAAAUAUCGAUCGUACCAAUUCAAAGACUUGUUAGAGACGAUUUGUUUACCGAAUAUGAUCCUAGUUCAAAUACAAUAAAAUUGCAAUCAACUUUUUGCAAACCUAAUAUUUUUCCAGAAUUUAAAUCUAGGCAACCUUUCGUUGUGGUACUGUGA